AUGUGGGAGCAAUUAGAAGAUGAAGGGCUUUUAAAAGGAAUGGACGAAAAACAACUAAAAAACAAAAUAAAGAAUUUAAAAGAUACUCUACCCAGCACACAAAAUAUAUCUGAGGAAAUCUCAAAUUCUCAAAUUGAACAGCGUGACGAUGAAGAACCCGAUACACAGCCCAAGGAACAAAAUAUAAAACCCUCAGAGGGGAUGGGACCCCCUAAAUCGAAAAAAAGGGUGAGAAAACAGGCAGACACAGAAAUUGGCGAUGCAAUCAGUCAGUUGAAUAAAAUAGCUGAAAAUGUAUCAGAAGGAAAACCGUACGACGAAUUUGGAAAGUAUGUAGCUGCAGAGCUGCGUCAAUUACCCCAACGUGAGGCUAUUUUAUUGCAGCAAGAAAUUCAGAAUUCUAUUACACGUGUAAAGCUAAUGUGUUUGGGAAAUGAUAAUCAACUAAAUAAUUACUACAGAGAGCCCCUUCAAGUGCAAACUUUUUCACCGUUAUCCUCCCCCAGUGAUCCCAGCCCUGCCUCAUCAGCAACAUAUGAAGCAAAUGUGCAAAAUGACAAAGAUAGCGUUUAUGGUAACGAUGUUAUUCAUUAA